AUGGCAGACCGACUGACACAACUGCAAGAUGCAGUUGACCAGCUCGCGACACAAUUUCUUGCAUCCGUCCAUUUCGUUAACAAACACCACGAGCUCAAGACGUUAAGCCCGAAAGACAGUAUACGAGACACGAAGAAAGACGAUGACGGGGCUCCUCAAGAAGUGGACCCUUUACCGGCAGAUCAAUUCAAGGCGGGACAGACAGAGCUUGCGCAGGAUCUCAUUGUGAAAGAGCAACAAAUUGAGUACUUAAUAUCAAUGCUGCCUGGACUUGAAAAUAGCGAAAAUGAUCAGGAGAAGAGGAUGAAGGAGUUGGAAGAGGAGUUGAAGGUUGCGGAAGAAGAGCGACAACAGGCUUUGAAGGAGAAGGAGGAGGUCUUGACGAAGCUAGAGGGUAUUAUUCGCAGCAUCAAACGUCCUUGA